CGAGACCAGUCAUCUUAUCGCUUGUCCAGCAGCAGUCGCAGCAUGUUCGCGCUCCGCCAAGCCCUUGGGCGCAUGACGCUCCGCCCGAUGUCCACGCAGGCCGCGCCGAUGGCUGCUGUGUUUGAGCCCAUCCGCUUGAACAACUUGGCCGAUAACGCUGGCGCCCACAAGCGCGGCAAGCGUCUCGGUCGCGGUAUCGGCUCGGGCAAGGGUAAGACCUGUGGCCGCGGCCACAAGGGCCAGAAGGCCCGCUCGGGUCGCUCGGGCCCUGCGCUUGGUUUCGAAGGUGGUCAGACGCCGCUGCACCAGCGUGUGCCCAAGCGCGGCUUCAACAACAAGUGGGCGACGCCCAUGCACCCGUUGAACGUCGACCGCCUCCAGUUGUUCAUUGACAUGGGCCGCAUCGACCCGACGCAGACGAUCACGCUCAAGACGCUGACCGACAGCGGUCUCUUGACGACGUCGCGCAUCAAGCACGGCGUGAAGCUCCUCGCCAGCGGCAAGCAGCACUUGACGACGCCGAUCAACAUUGAGAUCACGCAGGCGUCGGAAGGCGCGAUCGAGGCCAUCGAGAAGGCCGGCGGCUCGAUCAAGUCGGUCUACUACAACCGUCUCGGCCUGCGCGCGCUCCUCAAGCCGCACAAGUUUGACGUGUUGCCGCAGAACGCGCGCCCGCCGCCCAAGAAGAUGGGCUACUACACCAACUACGACAAGCGUGGGUACCUCUCGGCCGAAGUCCAGGUGCAGGACGCGUUGAAGAAGAUGUCGGCGUAAACCAGAUAGACAAUAUACUCGACCAACAUCCUACUAGCAGGAGUAUGGUUCACGUACGA